GGGUUAUAUCGUGGUUGUCUACUGGCGGCAUGCUGCCCUGCGAGGGGCGCUGCUGGGGCUGGCAUGUUUGGUUGAGAAAAUCGGUGAGACAACUUUUUUUGAAUGUGUCUCCGGGGUUAUAUUGGCGGCCAGCUGGACUUCUUCCCGUUAAGAAACACCCAGUUCGACAUACCCUGCAAGGAGAUUCUGGCAAUGUGCAUUUUUCUCGCUAGCAAGAAUCAAAAAGGAUGAAAACCUGGCUGGGCGGCUUCGGCUAUUUCUUGUUUUAUUUUAUUUUUUCGCUGCAUUUGCCUCUCUGGUUUAAAGCUGGUCACGCACGCAUGCGACAAAUGUGUCCACGUGAUACGGGGUUUGGUCUAGCCUGUUUGGGCGAUGAUGUCAUGUUGAUUCGGUCAGUUUUGUUUCCUGAGGCACCAAGGGCAAAGAUGGUAAACCAGCCUCGACGGUUGAAGGGCGUCGGGUUGUUUAUAAACUGCAGCUACGGGGCACGAUCCUGGUAUCAGCCUGGAGAAUAUCUCCACGAUUUUGCACUGUCCAUCCGGAUGGAGUCAAUCUGCGGGGCGUUCUUGGGACAGACAGUAUGGUCACUAUUCGCAUUGUUUGAACAAUCCCCAGGACGGCGAUAACUCAAUCUCCAUCGUCCCGUUAUUGGUCCUCAUAUUGAUCAGAAAGUGGAUCCCCUGUUGAAGCAAAUUCUGCGGCUUCGAGGGACGCGGAUACUAUUCCUUAUACGGGGAAAGGUUGCUUAGAGGUCACUUCUUCUUUUUCUUCUCACCCUCUGUUCUG